UUUGCUAGCGCUGUGAUGUGUGUGAUGUUGAUUGUGUUAAAAGGGAGUGUAGCAGAAAUAGCUGUCAAUUAUGUUUUUUGCUGCAAGUUCGAGGCAUGUUUAAAGUGAAAAUGGGCUAUGGUUGUCGUGAUGGAGUAAAAAUGAAAUACGAUCUAACAUGAGAUUCCAUAAGCAACAGAAGAGCUAUAAUGGCAUUUAAAUAGUGCCAAGCUGAUUAUUUCUUGUCAUGUGCCCCUGGAGAACCGUAGCUUAGUUCAAAACUAAUGGUCAAGGACCAUAACCACAUCUAUCAACCUGUCCUCACAGAGUCACCAACUGGACCAUCUUGUCAGUCCACUGACGAGGUUAAAAAAAUGCCUCAUGUUACACGGAAAUGGGAAUCAUUUCCAGGGAAAAAUCGGUUCUGCUGCGAUGGACGAAUAAUGAUGGCACCACAGACUGGCGUCUUUUACAUUACUCUCAUCCUUAUAGUGGGAACUAGCGCACUGUUUUUUGCAUUCGACUGCCCGUACCUAGCAACGAAUUUGACGCCAGUAAUACCCAUCAUCGGAGGAAUCCUAUUUAUUUUUGUCAUGUCAGCGUUACUCCGCACGAGCUUCAGUGAUCCUGGUGUAAUACCAAGGGCCACACCCGACGAAGCAGCCUACACAGAAAAGCAAAUAGAAGUUCCCAACAGUGCAAACUCUCCCACAUAUCGACCACCUCCAAGGACAAAGGAAGUUCUCGUACGAGGACAGACGGUGAAGUUGAAAUAUUGUUUCACGUGCAAAAUAUUUCGGCCACCAAGAGCUUCGCAUUGCAGCUUGUGUGAUAAUUGUGUUGAUCGUUUUGACCACCACUGCCCUUGGGUUGGAAACUGUGUCGGCAAAAGAAACUAUCGUUACUUCUAUAUGUUCAUCGUAUCACUGGCUUUUCUCUGCGUUUUUAUAUUUGCUUGUGCUAUUACACAUUUAAUAUUACUUACAAAGGAUGACCGUCCAUUCCUUGAUGCUGUUAAGGACUCUCCAGCCAGUGUUAUUGUAAGCCUCGUCUGCUUCUUCAGUGUGUGGAGCGUUAUUGGCUUAGCAGGCUUUCACACUUAUCUUGCCACGUCAAACCAGACUACAAAUGAAGACAUCAAAGGCUCUUUCACAAGCAAACGAGGACAGGAAAACUUCAACCCCUACAGCCAAGGAAACGUGUGUUCAAACUGCCUAUACGUUCUCUGUGGCCCAGUGCCACCUAGCUUAAUUGAUCGACGAGGAAUUGUGACUCCAGAGUAUGCAGCAGAACAGAUGAAGGUCAUUGAAGACAGAGAUACUGUUGUAAACAGCAACAAAACUUAUGGCAGUGUGAAAGCCAUUCAGACAUCAAAUGGUGCUAGCCAGACAGGAAGUGUCGCAAAUGACGCAUUGGGUUCUACACAAAAUCUAGUGACUUCACCUUCUGGAGCCAGUGCCAUCAGAGGGAGUGGUGGUACAACCACGACUCUGGCAACGUCAUUGCACGGUAGUAAUGCGAGUAGCACAAAUGGCAGUCCCACUGGGGUCACCGCAGCAGCCAUUAGUUCAAAUGUGUCUCCAGCUCAAGAUGCGGUUGCUCCCAUUCACCCCACACUCAUUACCCAAGUACCAUGCGAAGAAGCUGCAGGUACUGUUACGGACUUCACACUCUGUGAUGCUUCUGUUGCAAUGCCCUUAAGUGCAUCAAGAUUACGGUUGCUGCAAGACACCACCAUGAUAGAAUCUGCCUUGGAUUUGGACUCUCUGGAGGAAGCUUCUGUGGGGGCUGGCAGCCAGGCCGGCUUGCUCCAUGUCGGCAGUGUUGUUUGACAGGAGUCUCUGUCUGCUAAAAGAUGUACAUUUUGCAUUUUCUAGGCUAGUAACAGUGCUUUGGUGUGUGUGUGUGUGUGUGUGUGUGUGUGUGUGUGUGUGUGUGUGUGUGUGUGUGUAGCAAAUUUUCCUGGCACUGAGAUACAAAACUGUCUUCAAUCUGCAGUACUGCAACCUACAGAACAUCACUUUUGUGUAAUUGUGGCAAACAAGGCUACACUGGAAGACAAAUCUUUUUUGUGUGUAUGUUUUAGAAAUAAUUUGUACAUUUUAAAACAAAAUGGGUGAAGUACUUCAGUUAUUAUUAGUAGCUCAUAGCAUAAUUUUUGUAUCGUGCCAAACGUUAUUGGUCGUUAUCACAUUUUUAAGGAAUUUAAGCUCUGUUUUGUGAUCUUUGCAAGUCCGAAAUCAUUCUCUUUGCAUGAACAGUUUUAAUGUGUUGUGUGUUGACUGCUAAAGAGGUGCUUUUCUCCCAAUGUGUGUGCCUCAAUUUUGCGAUAAUAAAAUGAGUACUAAUUUUUUGGUUACGCAUUUGAAAGUGUUAAUUAGAAAACUUUAGCAAGAUUGCUAUGUUCAGUCAGUGUGGACCAAAAUUCUCUCAGUUACUGUGAAUGCAGGAUAUUUAAGAUCCUUAUUCACAGUGGAGCAAACAUUCCAAAAUUUAAAUGGCUGCAUUACAAUGCAAUUUAUUCGUAAUAAAAUAUAUUGAAUGGUGUGGCAGUUGCACGAUUCAAAAGAAAUUUCUUGCUUUUGUAUAAACAAGCUGGAAAGUCAGCAUUGCUAUAAAAGUUGCAUUUUCUGAUUCACUGUAAACAGAUUUAUGCCUUUAACAAUUUUGAGUUCUUAAUUGAAGAAGCUAAUGCACAUUUAGAAAUAUGUAACCUUUUUAAUUUGUCAACUGUUGUCUCAAAACUACUAUCUCUUAGUCUCAUCACAUUCUUCUGCCACAACCACACCUCUCUAACUGUGUAAUAGCUGCUUGUGUCUUUAAUUUUCAUUUUAAAAGUGUGUUGUGUUUUUAUCAAUCAGAACAUAAGAUGACGACUUAAUUUUCACCACUUUGUAAUCAAGAGUAUUCUAUGACUUUUAGAAUCACUUUUAAUAACUUAAACACAGUUUCCUAUUAUCGUCUCUGUUUAUGAAGUCAAUUAUCGAAACAUAUUUUAGCAGCAUGUACCAUCCUUAAGUUCCUUAUAUUGAUGCCUUACAUUUCUGCAUUAAUAUACAAUUACUGUAAGGCAGUAAUAGAAUACUUUAGAUUGGCAACAUGUUAUUGGAACAUGCUAUUCUAACUUAAUUAGUAAGUCACGAAUGAGAAAGCAGUUCAUGUUUAAUUUAGUGUGAUGUCUCCAAUAUAUAGUGUAUUCAAACAUUUGUAGCUUCAUUUCUCAUUAUUUUGGAUCUACUUAAUUUUAUUUUACUAAUUAUCUAAUUUUGUAAACCACAGGUAUUACGCUUUCUGGGUCAAGUAUUGCUUCAUUUCAUAUUCAGGUAGUUGUUUGAAAAUGCCUCUUUAAAUUUAAGUGAUGGCAGUGAAAAAAUUCGUUUUGUGAUGAUAGUCACUAAGUGUAUUUGGUUAUGACUUGCACUUUUGAAUUCAUCAGAUGUUUUCAAAUGCUAAUAGAACAGGUUAAUACAUACUAACUAGAUGUUACAUAUCUUUUCAUUCUGUAUAUGCUGUAUGUAGGGAGGGGAGACUAUUUGAACAGUUAGGUAAUACAUAGAGGCAGAAGGGAUGAGGGAUGGGGAUAUGCAUAUGUACAUGAAUUUAUAGACAGGCAAGAGGUAAUAAGAAAGAAGGCCACAGCCGUAUUGACACAAAAACUCUAUAUGGACAAGAUAAAUUGUGGUUGUCCUACACAGUUUUAUAAAUUAUUUUAUUACUUUUGUGUAGAGGUUUAUUGUUACCAUUAUUGAAGUAGUAACAAUUAAAAUCUUCGUGGUAUAGUAUGUGUUACCUGACAUUCUAAACUUUCUUUGUGUCAGUCCAGUAUGUUUUUCCACCAGUAUUCAUACAUGGAAAAGUGAUACACGUACAAGCAAAUAUGACAGUGUGGUAAAAUUAAAGCUCAUCAUGUUGCUAACCUUUGGCUCACACAGUAGCUUGUAUGUUCACCCCUUUACUGAUGCAGAGGUCCUUUUCUUGCCACUCCAGGUGUGAGGUUACCAGAUCAGUCAUUCCAUAAGCAAGGAACAGGAUAUUUGUGGAUUGAUUUGAUUGUUUGUUUUCCCCUUUCUGUCUUGCUUUUUUUUAAAAAAAAAAGUUUAUUAACAGCAAAUAUUAAGUUUUGUUAUCUCCUUUAUUUAUAUAACAGGUUGUAAAUUUGCAUCUGCGAGUGCCCCCCAAUCCCUAACAUUUGGCUUCCUGCUACAAAUGCUUCAAACAAGGUGUGAAGCCUAAUUCAGAUGGACAUAUUCCUUAUCAAGAAAAAAUUGCAUGGGGCUGCAGAAAUAUUACAAUAUUUUAAAUAUAAAAUUUAGAGUCAAAUGUAAUAAAAAGUUGCAGCAGCUGCUGUUUAAGAAGAGUGUAAGUCUUAACAGAUUAAAAACAAAAGAAAAGAAAAAAAUAACUUCCUAAGAAUGAUUUGUAUGCAGACUAGGCUAUCACAUUUAUAUUAUUUCUUGGAAGAGAUUUGUUUACAGAAUUUUGGAAGAAGUAAUAUGCAUUUUGCUUCUUCUCAUUCAUUUAUAAUUUUUUAAGCUUAAAAAUCACAGGCACUCCAGCAGUGUGUUAAAUCUUAAAUCUUGUGUGUUAUUCCAUGACUCAAUACCAGUAAUACCUGCAACUAAAAUUAGUGUCUUCCAUGGGGGUCAUGUUUCUUAGCACACGCACUCUUGCUUGUGACACAUUGAAACUUUGUAUACCUUUUCUGCGUAAUUGAAUUUCAUAUAAAAAAGAUUUUCUUCUGUUUAUUUCUCAGUGAAAGGAAAGUGGUUCAUCUUUUGGAUAAAAUACGAACUUAAAAAUACGAAUUGGACAGGUCAUUUAGCCCACUGAACUUUCUAAACAGUUACUCUUGUAAUCCCCAAAUAAACAAAAAAAAUUCAUACAAAUUUUUAGAUUUGUAUAGAGUAAUUUGGUGAAAGUAUGCGUAUUCCAACUUGCUGCCUGGUUAUUUAUAAGAGAAGCUGAUGAAUUCAAAAGUUUAGUGAUCAUUGUAUAUUUUGUUACUGGCGUAUUGAUAUCUUUAGUUUGUAGAUAGCUUCUUCUCACAUAACUAAUUACUUGUCUUUACUUUCUCAUCUUCUGUACCUUUUGUGAUGAAAAAGUCAGACUGAAGAAACAGGUUACUAUUCACCAAGUCCCAAUAUCCAUCUUGUAUAGCAUAGGUACAGUUCUUUAAGUUUUUCAUUCAGUCUUUUUCUCUAAGAUUGCUAACAUAUCAGUGUUGAAACAUUCUAUUAUCAGUACCCUGUACUUUAAUGGUAUGAGCAGUGCUGACCGAUAGCUUUUUGACAAUGAUAAAAGUACAAAUAGAACUUCAAAAUUACGAUGAUGGAAAGGUACCUUAUUUGAAAGUUGGUAUAUUUAGUGUAUCUGUGUCAUGUGUUGCAUCAUUCAGUAUUGCCACUGACUUCAGUACUUUCUUACUUGAGUUACAAUACAGCGUGUUUUGCGUGUAUAUGUAUUAUGAAGGUUGUGAGAAAUGUGCUGAUAAAAGAUAUCCCCAAGCAUUUCACAAUUCACACAAAUUUUUGUAACAGCACUAUUAUAGCCUCAGUAUAAUAUGUAUAUAAUUACAUAUAUGUAAUUCUUAUUGUUUGAAAGCAAAGAUUUUCAGAUCCUUUCUCACUGCUGAAACUCCAUAGAAAACAGAAUAUUUUUCUAAAGACUGUGUACAUUUUUUGAAAUCUUUUUAUUUUAAAUAGUUUGUUGAGUGAACUAUUUACUCAAUUGCCUUUUGUAAAUAGAAAAUGUCAAAAAUAAGUUCAUUCCUUGUGAACUAAUCUACAAAUUGUUUAUAACAAAAUUCCUUAUGUCCAAAUGUUCAAACUGUACAACAUGUAACAUUUAAUGAAGAUCGUGUUUGUAUAAGUACCAUUAAUUUAUUUUUGUAAAUUUGCUGUGGAAACCUGGUUGGUUGAUGGCUGAUCAGUUAGUGUUACCUGAUGAUUGAUUGUGUGUGAGUACAGAUGUAAGACAGUGCCUUUAAGCCAUGGAGGUCACAAUCAUUAGAUGGUUAAAGAUCUCAUGCUUUUGUUGAAGUUUUGCCUUUGGUCUUUUUCUAAAACUCUCGCAUCGUGACUAAUAUGAAAUAUUAACUGUCUUGUGUAAAUCUGGACAGUGUAGUGUAAAUGUUAAAAUGCCAAAAAUCUUCAUUAAUUUAUUUCUACUUGUAUAAUUACCAGAUAGAUGAUAGAAGAUAAUGUGUGUGAUCAUAUUUGGUUAUUCCCAUGUUAGGCAAGCUAAAAGGUAGCAUAACAUCCAAACUGCUUUCUUGGAUGGCAGUAGCUUUCAUUUUAUACUUGUUCCUGUUUUGUGUGCCACACUGAUCAUAAAUAUAUCCGUAUUUAAUUGUGUUAUGGAUGGCACAGGUGAGAAAAGAAUUUAUAAAUGCUUGAAUAUUUUUAAAAAACAUAGGUGGUAUGUUUCAAUGUGAAUAUCAUAGUCAUGGCAAUAAUUUCCCAAUUGUAUUUAGGCGUGUUAGCUUUUGUAGCUAAAUUCAAUGAUUUGACUUCCGCGUUGUACACAAUUUAUAUUGAGACAGACACUCCUUUUGAUCUAUAAAAUGUUAGUUAUCCUAUGUUGCAGCCACAGCUUUCUUCCCUGUUGCAGUUUCACUGACAAGUGCACAUAACUUCAAAUAUAUGAAAAAUAUUGUGAUCUCUGAAACUGCUCAUGAGAAUUGCAGAGAUUCAUUGUUCGUUAAUAGCGAUUUAAGUGUAACCACUUAUUUAUUGCAAGAAAAACAUUUAGAUUUUGGAGUGAAGCAACAUCAUUUACAAUUAGUGUUCAGUUUCAUUAAAAAAUUAUAUCUUAAUUUCAAACGCUGAAGUUUGCCAUAAAAGCUGUAGACACCAGACAGGAAUGGUUGUUGUUAUUUUUGUUGUCAGCUCCUGUUGAUCACUCAGCUCUCUGUCAAACUGUACAUCUUAAUCUGUAGUGCAAUUAUUUUAUGAUUUUUAAGAAGACCAUGGAUAUUUUUUAUUAUUUAUGUAGCAUUUUUAUUUAGCUUUAUGGAGACAGCAGAAUUAAUCGCAUUCCCAGGAAGUUUAACACACGGUGGGAAUAAAUAGUUUGCACUAAGUCUCCAGGACCAUCACUCAUACUGUAAAGGAACAUUUUAGUUCUCAAGAUAAUUUAUUUUAAUUGUUAAUGCCAAAGCAGAUUUUGGCAUCCUCUAAUGUGAUACUCAUUAGAUUUAUUUUGUCUAAUAACAACCUAUUUUCUGUGGGUAGUAAAAUGACAACCAUUGCAGUGUGACAAGCUAUGGAUUUCUUCAUAAUGUCUGUUAGUUGCAAUUUAUGUUGUACACUGUCCAGUUUAUAUGUAAUAUUUCAGCAAAUUUGUAUACAUUUGUGGAUGUACAUAUGUAUAUAUAUACAUAUAUUAUGAAGUGAUGUAUGUAAAUGUAAAUAGACUAUAUUAUAAAGCAGAUUGAAAUUUGUGUGUGAACCUAUUGGCAUUUUCCUUCUUCACCCAUUGCAUAUAAAAUUAUUGAAUGCAGUAUUUAAUGGUAUAUUUCUACCAAUAGCAGCCAUCAUUCGAAUGUUAAGAGACUAUCAUUGCUGCAGACAUAAAUAAUUGUUGUUAGUUUCUGGCAGUUCCAUCACAUUGUUACUAAUAAACUCAUUUCGCUUUGAUCCUGUGUCAUUCACAUUCUUCAUUAUACAGUCAUUACCUCCUCCUGUAGCACUUCAUGUUGUGUUAUCCGACAGGAGAUAAAACUGCACUGGAGAUUUUGUCAUAUGAAUCUGUUAAUGGAGAAUUGCAAAUUGGAAUAAAU